UUUUUGCAAUGGACUGAAUUGUAUUUGUUUACUUUAAAUAAAAUUUUGUUUCAAAGAUUUUUUUUAACGCAUCAGUUGCUUCGCAAGAGAUAGAAGAUUGAAAAUUUUUGAGGUUUAAUUUUAAAUACGAAUUUGGUACUCAGUUACUAAGAUGUCACAAGUUUUCGAUACUUCUCAAUGGAUCACAUUCUUCACUAGAGCCGGUCUUCCUCCAAAUGUUGCAGCAAAUUAUGCACUCAUUUUCUCUGACAAUCGUAUACAGCUAAACAUGUUGAUGGAUUUAUCAAAGGAAUAUUUGUAUGACAUGGGAAUAAAAAUCAUGGGUGAUGUAAUUGCAAUUUUGAGAUAUGCAAAAGAAUUUCAUACACAGUUAGCCAAAGAAAGAGCAAUUGGAAUAACAACAUCAAGUCUGAACAAAAGUGCAGUUGCAGAACGCAUGGUUGGGCACUAUACCAGACCUAGCAAAGCUUCUCCAAACAGGUUGUCUCUGUCCAGGAAUGAUCAAAUUGCUGAACGUAUGGUUGGGCACUAUACCAGACCUACCCCAGCUUCUCCUAAAAGAUUGCUCCUGUCUAGAAAUGAUCAAAAAAUUCCUAAAAAAUCAACUGUGAUUAGUUUAAAGAGACCUGCAGAAGAUAAUCCUGCACCCAAAAAAAUUCGACGUGUUCCUCCGGAAGAAGAGGGUGCAUACAAAAUUAAGAUGCCACUGGGAAUUACGGAAAAAACUCGGAAACUUUUAAAACAACAGCAGCAACAAUCUCUUGGUAAAAAAUCAGUAUUUGCACGACUUGGUGAUAGUGCUGUCAGUAGUUCUACAGAUACUACUACAAAGAGCACAUCAUCUGUUUUUGAAAGAUUAGGUGCAUCUAAUAAAAAUAGUGAUAAUGUUCCCACAUCUACAGUGCUUGGUGAAACCAAGAAAAAGAAGGGUGCUCCAUUACAAUAUCAAGGUGUAUUAAAAAUGACUACAUUUGGCAAAACUAGAACAGUCUCCUCAAGUCCACAAAAUAAGGCCCCUGUAUCGUCUCGAACUGUAUUUAAGCCUGGUACUGGAUUUCGUGGCAUUACCAAAACUGUUAAUUAUAACAGAAUCAAUGCUAUAUUACAAUCCAAGGACUCGGUGAAAAACAAAAAUUCUCUGAGUUCACAAGGAAUCUUUGGUAGUUCUUUGCCUGUUUCACAAAGAUUGGGUGUUAAAAGUAGAUUGGGCAAUCAGCUAAAACAGCACUUGAGUAAAAAUAAUGUUGUUCUAAAAACAAAGAAAAAUGUCUCGAAGAAUACAUCUGUUUUUUCAAGAUUAGGAAGGUAAACUCUUGUGUAGCUGGAUAGAAUUCACACCUAUCUUCACGCUGGAAAGUCUAGAUCUGUGCAUUUACAUUGGGGGAAGUUGCAACAAGGUUGUAACCAAGGUUUCCAUAGUGUAUUAAAGAAACUAAAUUGAUC